AUGUUUUACAGCCACGAAAUACUCACCUCCCCCGAACACGGUGUCGCUACAAUAUGGCUGGUCGCAACUCUAGGACCACGAUCCAUCACGAAGAAGCUCAACAGAAAAGCGAUACUGGAUGUUGACGUUCCCAAGGCCUGCAAAGUUAUCAUGGAUCCGGCGGCGCCAAUGGCGUUGAGACUUCAAGGAAAUUUGCUGUGGGUGACAGUCUCGCUAGGUUGA